AUGGGUGACGCUGAUAUCACAACGAGCCAGUGGAGGCUGGUCGAGGUCGGCCGCGUCGUUGUCUUCAGCGGCGGCCAGUUCGAUGGACGAUUAGCCACCAUCGUCGAGAUCAUCGACCACAAGCGUGUGCUCGUUGACGGUCCCUCCAAGGACGCCCCUGUCCCCCGCCACGCAAUCGCCCUCGCCAAGGUCUCCCUCACCCCGAUCGUCAUUCCCAAACUUCCCCGCGGCACCGGACGUGGCUUCGUUGCCCAGCAGUGGGAGAAGGAGGAGGUUGACAAGAAGUGGUCAGAGAGCAGCUGGUCCAAAAAGCGCGCUCAAUUCCAGAAGAGGAGGCAGCUCAACGAUUUCGAGCGCUUCAAAGUCAUGAAGCUCAGGAAGCAGGCCCGCUUCGAGGUUCGCAAGUCUCUCGCCAAGGUCCGCAGCGCAGCAUAG